ACCUGGUACUAAAAUGUUUGUCUAAUUCUUAUUCGGCAAACUUGUAAUUUAUUUAAAAUUCAGUACAUUCUAGUCGAUCAUUCGUAUUAGAUCGCUCUCUGGAAAGAACCCAUUUAAAACCCGCCGUUUUGGGUGGAUGGGUUAAAAUUAAUAUUCCGUUUUUUUUUUAUUUUAAUAAAUUAAUAAUAAAAAAAGAAAUCAUUUUUUUUUUCUUGUACAUACAUAUACUUACAUGUACUAUUAUUUUAAAUAUAUAUACAUAUAAAAAAUUAUAUAGAUAUUUAUAUAAAAAAAAAGUUAAAACGAUUUUCAUUUUGUAUUCCUAUCGAAUUUAUAUACAUGUGUGUGUAUAUUAAAAAUUGCCAGAGAUAAAAAAAAAAAAUAGCAAAAAAAAAAAAUUGUGAUUUACGAAAAAAUUUGUGCCAUAGGAAAAUUAUGAUUUAAAAAAAAAUUCUGUGUAACCAACGAACAUUUAAAUGUUGUUUGUCAAAUUGAAAGUGUGAUAUUGGAAAAAAAUUAUAUAAGAAGAAAAAGAUUAGAAAAAUAAUUUAAAAUAAUUUCAAAAAUUAUAAAAAAAAAUUUAAUAAGAUUUUUUGUUUUUCAAACAAGUCAAAAAUAAUAAAAAAUUUCCCUAAAAAUUAGGGGUCAACCAAAUCAUGGAACCCCUCUUGAAGCGGCUGCUAGCCACCGCACUUGUGCUAGGAAUUUUUUAUGGUGCCAAUGCGCAAUUUUGGCGUGAUACAAAUACAGGUGGUGGUAUAGACAGUAGAAAGUAUCCAGACAGUUACAGAACGGCACAACCAAGAGCCCCUAUAGAUCCUAGUUACGACUUAUUAGAUACCGUAAGUAAUCAAAGAAGUGGUGCAGAUCCCUCAAGAAAUUGCACAGGCUCAGAUUGUUGUAUACCAAAAUGCUUUGCGGAAAAAGGCAAUCGAGGAAUCCCGGGCUUGCCAGGUCCAACUGGUUCUAAAGGUGAACAAGGCCAUCCAGGCAUAGAAGGUCCUCCAGGUGAUAAAGGGCAAAAAGGCGAUCCAGGUCCACAAGGUCCAAGAGGUCCUAAAGGCGAUAGAGGUUCAUCAGGGGUACCGGGUCUACCAGGCGUUCCAGGUCUGCAGGGAUAUUCAGGAAACCCUGGCGCGCCAGGUAUCGCGGGUAAAGAUGGUUGUAAUGGAACUGAUGGAUUACCAGGAUUAUCAGGUAUUCCUGGAAGUCCAGGUCCACGUGGGCCUCCAGGUAUUCCUGGUAGCAAAGGUGAAAAAGGUCAACCAGCUGUUAUACAUUGGGAUUACUUAAAAGGUGAAAAAGGUGAACCAGGUUUUACUGGAAAUCCAGGAUUACCGGGCCCAGAAGGUCCUGAAGGCGAAAAAGGUGAAGCUGGUGAGCGAGGACCUUAUGGUCCUCCAGGUCCAAAAGGUGAUAUGGGACCGAAAGGUGAAAGAGGUUUGUCAUGUUUGGCUCCACCUGUUCCGGGGGAGAAAGGACAGAAAGGAGAAAAAGGAGAGUCAAGGAAUCAAGAAGAAUCUACUGGAAACACUGUUGAAAUAAAAAGAGGAGAACCAGGAGAAAAAGGUGAACCAGGUCUUGACGGACCUCCAGGUGCGAAAGGUGAAAAAGGCGUUCAAGGUCCUGUCGGAAAUGAUGGUAUGAAAGGCGAAAAAGGUUUGCCAGGUCCCUCAGGCGAUCGAGGUCGACAAGGAGGUUUUGGGCCUCCAGGACCACCUGGUCAAAAGGGUGAUCGCGGUGAUAUUGGACUUCGAGGAUUAGACGGAAAGCCAGGAGCUAAAGGUGAACCAGGCAGAGAGGGUAAAAAUGGAGUUCCAGGCUUGAGAGGUCCACCAGGCCCUCCAGGUGGCGGCCGCGGAUCGCCAGGCCCCCCAGGUCCAGCAGGACCGCGUGGUUAUCGAGGGCCGCCUGGUCCUAAAGGUUUAGACGGAUAUCCAGGAGAACCCGGCGAAAGAGGUCCUCAAGGUCAAAAAGGUGGUUUGGGCAUUCCAGGUACACCUGGUGUUGAAGGUCCUCCCGGGCCAAAGGGAGAUAAAGGAGAAUCUGGACUGCCAGGUCUUCAAGGUCAACCCGGAGCUCCCGGUUAUACGGGUCCACCGGGUCCAGAAGGACCUAGAGGAGAAACGGGUGAACCAGGAAUAGGUUUACCAGGACCUAAGGGAGAUGAUGGAAUCCCAGCCUUCCCAGGACUCAAAGGAUCUAAAGGCGAACGCGGUUAUCAAGGGCUACCCGGUGCUCCCGGUUUUACUGAGGCCGGUAUUCCUGGGCAACCUGGAAGACCAGGUAGACCUGGUGAUAAGGGAGAAGCAGGUCGACCUGGAAUCAAGGGCGUGAAAGGGGAUUUCGGUGAGAAAGGUGAUCGAGGUGGUCGUUGCACAGAUUGUUUCCCUGGUUUAAAAGGCACGAAAGGAGAACGAGGAAAUGACGGUUUUCCAGGAUCUGAUGGUGUGAGAGGUCCCCCAGGAGAACGGGGUUAUCAAGGCGAACGUGGAGAUGACGGUACACCAGGUCCCAUGGGUCCCCCCGGUGAAAAAGGAAAGGACGGCUUACCUGGUUUACCUGGUCCAGAUGGAGUUGCUGGUAGAGACUACCCUGUUGAUGAAAGUCUAAUUAAGGGACAGAAAGGUGAAAAGGGAAGAUUGGGUCUUCCUGGCCCGAAAGGUGUGAAAGGAGAAGCUGGGUUACCGGGCUCACCAGGUUUCGAUGGUUUAAAGGGAGAAACAGGUUUAAAAGGUGAUAAAGGGCAUCCGGGAAAUCCAGGAAUCGAUGGAAUAAUUGGUAAUCCUGGCAGACCUGGUAUUCCAGGACUAAAGGGCGAGAGUAUUAAAGGAGAACCAGGACGACCUGGUUAUGACGGUACUAAAGGAGAUCGAGGAGAACCUGGAUAUAAUGGUGAAAAAGGUGAACCUGGAUCAUGUUCUGAUUUGUUAAAAGAUCCUCCAAAAGGAGUGAAAGGUAACAAAGGCGAUCCCGGGCUGAAAGGAGAAAAAGGAUAUUAUGGGCAGAAAGGUGUGCCAGGUAGAACCGGUGCAAAAGGUGAUUUAGGUUUGCCAGGCCCACCAGGACCAACGGGACCAAGAGGUUUACCAGGCCCACGAGGUGAACCAGGUAUAAGAGGACAGACAGGUUUCCCAGGGGCGCCAGGAAAGGAUGGAAUAAGGGGAACACCCGGACGUCCUGGAGAAAAAGGUACGAAAGGAGAACAAGGUAUUGCUUUACCUGGACCGCCGGGACCAAAAGGUAAUGAUGGUCCAGCCGGCUUGAAAGGUGAUCGUGGUAUAGCAGGUGAACCCGGACCAGCAGGUUUGGAUGGUGUUCCUGGAUAUCCCGGAGAAAAAGGAGACAUCGGUAAUGUCGGACCACCCGGUUUUCCUGGAUCUGUAGGGCCCAAAGGUGAAACGGGACCUGUCGGACCAAGAGGCCAGCCUGGGCCGCCGGGCCAACCCGGUAUGGACGGUGUCCAAGGUAGACCCGGUUUAAAGGGUGAGCCAGGCACACAAGGAUUAGUAGGUAUGCCAGGCCCCAAAGGAGAACGAGGUGAACCCGGUAUUGACGGUCAAAAAGGAAAUCAAGGCGCCAAAGGAGUGCCCGGUAUUCGAGGACAACAAGGCCCACCUGGUUUUUCUGGACCCAAAGGAGAUAAGGGUGAAAUGGGCCCAUCAGGGAUCGAUGGUUUACCAGGACGCCAAGGCCUACCAGGGCCAAUUGGUUUACCAGGACCAAAAGGUAAUAUCGGUCCGGUAGGAUUACCAGGUUUAGAUGGAAGUCCAGGCCUAAAUGGCGAAAAAGGAGAUCAAGGAUAUCCUGGUUUACAUGGUCCUAAAGGCGAUGCCGGCGAAGCUUCAGAAAAAGGUCAAAAAGGUGAGCCUGGUCCACCAGGACUUAGAGGAAUUGAUGGCCGAGAUGGACUACCAGGCACACCAGGACCGAAAGGUGAUGCAGGUUUUCCUAGCCAUGGAAGACCUGGUCCACAAGGGCAAAAAGGCGAACCAGGAAGAGAAGGACGAGACGGAAUUCCUGGCGUUCCCGGUGAAAAAGGUGACAUUGGUUUCGCGGGAAUUCGGGGUGCCAAAGGUGAUAAAGGAAAUACAGGCAGAGCCGGUAUUCCAGGUGCUCCUGGUCUUGAUGGCCCUCCAGGUGAAAAGGGGCUUCCAGGUCAAGUGGGAUAUCCUGGUGCAAAAGGUGAUAAGGGAGAAAUAGGAUUGCAAGGCAACAUUGGUCCAAAAGGUGAAAAAGGUCUAGCUGGAUGGCCAGGAAUCGACGGAAAACAUGGUGAAAAGGGUGAUCGAGGCUUCCCUGGUGGACCGGGUCGUGAUGCUGUGGCUAUUUCAAUAAAGGGCGAUAAAGGUGAAACCGGGGAGCCUGGUUUGGUUGGAUUGCCUGGUGCUAUAGGACGUGAUGGACCACAAGGCUUAAGAGGACUAGAUGGUCAAAAAGGUGAAAUCGGACCACCUGGUCCUCCUGGUUUACCAGGUUUGGAUGGUCAGCCCGGUUCAAAAGGAGAUCUUGGACCAAUAGGAGAGCCUGGAAUACCAGGAGUUGUUGUUAAAGGUGAAAAAGGACUUCCGGGAAGACCAGGUAAACAUGGACGUGAAGGCUUAAUGGGAUCUGCUGGUCCAAAAGGCGAUAGAGGAGUGCCAGGUUUGCAAGGAAAACCUGGUGCACCCGGAAUGCCUGGUUUACAAGGUAGAGUUGGCGAAAAAGGAGAUCGAGGCUUCCAAGGAGCACCAGGAAGAGAUGGAAACCCAGGAUUUGCUGGACCGGCUGGACCAAAGGGCGAACCCGGAUAUCCUGGUUCAAAGGGAGAUGCAGGUUUACCUGGUUUGCAAGGGCUGAAAGGUGACAAAGGAAAUUCUGGCAUUCCAGGCACAAGUGGUCCACCGGGACUUCCUGGAUUAAAAGGAGAUAUAGGACCACCAGGUUUCGAUGGUGUUCCUGGUGUUCCUGGCCCUAUUGGAGAAAAAGGCUUCCCAGGACCAAAAGGUUUAGAUGGACGUGACGGCUAUCCAGGACAAAAAGGUGAUAAAGGUGAACCAGGUUUAGUACCACCACCAGGACCAAAGGGAGAGCCUGGUCAAUCUGGCUAUCCGGGGCCAAAAGGCGAAAGGGGUCCUCCGGGUCCACCUGGUCCUGUUGGUCUUCAAGGUGAACGUGGAGAAAAAGGAGAUAUAGGCAUUCAAGGUUUGCAAGGUCCCCCAGGACCUCCAGGCUUAAUAGGCACGGUUGGUCUUUCCGGAGCACCUGGUCGCGAUGGUUUACCUGGUGGCCCAGGGCCCAAGGGUGAUGCUGGCUUACCAUGUUCACAAUCACCAGAUUAUUUAAGUGGCAUUAGAUUAGUAAAACAUAGUCAAACGGAUCAAGUUCCUAGAUGCGAUUCUGGGCACAUUGAACUAUGGACUGGAUAUUCAUUGUUAUAUGUUGAUGGAAACGAUUAUGCUCAUAACCAAGAUCUUGGGUCACCGGGCUCAUGCUUACGUCGAUUUUCAACAUUACCUAUUUUACCAUGCAAUCAAAAUAAUGUUUGCAAUUAUGCAUCAAGAAAUGACCGCACUUUCUGGUUAGCAACAUCAGCUGCAAUGCCAAUGAUGCCAGUUAAUAAUGAAGAUAUUAGACAAUACAUUUCAAGAUGUGUGGUGUGUGAGGUACCUGCAAAUGUCAUGGCCGUGCAUAGUCAAUCGUUAGAAAUCCCACGUUGCCCUAAUGGUUGGGAAGAUUUAUGGAUUGGAUAUAGUUUUGCAAUGCAUACAAGUGCUGGACAUGGAGGUGGUGGACAAGAUCUUUCAUCACCAGGAUCAUGUUUAGAAGAUUUUAGAGCAACACCAUUUAUUGAAUGUAAUGGUGCCAAAGGCCACUGCCAUUUUUAUGAAACGUUGACUAGUUUUUGGUUAGCAACAAUUGAAAGUCAAUAUCAAUUCUCAAAGCCUGAACAACAAACACUUAAAGCGGGUAAUUUAUUACAAAGAGUGUCUAGAUGUAAAGUUUGUAUCAAAAAUUCAUAAUUAAGAGAUAUUAAGUAUAAUGUAUAACAUACCUAAUAUAAAUGAUUAAAUAAAUUUUUUUAUAAUUAAUUAAAAAUAUUAAAAAAAAAAAAAAUAAAGUAAAGUAAAAAAUAUAGAAACAUUUCACAUUCAUUACUAUUCCAGUUUUAAAAAUUUUUAUAUAGUUUGUUUUUAAUAUUUCUCAAAGUUUAUUAAGUUAAAUUUUUGUUAAGUUCAUAAUAUUAUGAUUAAAUAGUAAUUAUAAGAAAAUUGUCACGAAACUAAAUAAAACAACAAAGUUUCCUUCUACGUUUUUUUUUUUUUUUGUAAAAUAAAUAGAAAAGAAUAUUGAAAAUAUAAAAUUUAAUAGAUAAUAAAUUAAAAUAUCAAAAUAUAUAAUUUAUAGGCUUAUCUGGAAACAAUUUCCUAGCAAAAAUGUUUUUUAAAAAACUAAAAUGAGAUAAAAACUUCUGAUUUUUCAAUAUAUAAAUAGAAAAUUAAAUUUACAAUAGAAAUAAUUUAAAAAAAAUUGUCAUAUUUGAAUAGUUAACAGGAAAUUUUCAUAUUAAUACCCUCAUAUAUUUUAUAUUAUAAUUUUAAGCUAGAAACCAAAUAAAUUUUCAGUUUUUCAAAAUAAAUGUAAAUUUAAAAAUUUGCUAAAUUACAUAAAUUUUAUAGGUGAAUGCAAAG